AUGCCUUCACUUCUUCAAAUUUUCCUUCCUUUGUUUCCAUUCUUUUUCUUGGUUUCUUUCUCAGUUUCUCACGGACCCUUUUUGCCAAAGGCCAUUAUUCUUCCUGUAAACAAAGAUCUGUCAACUUUUCAGUAUGUUACUCAAGUUUACAUGGGUGCUCAUCUUGUUCCUACCAAUUUAGUUGUAGAUCUUGGAGGUUCAUUUCUCUGGACUAAUUGUGGCUUAACUUCUGUAUCUUCAAGUCAGAAACUUGUCCCCUGUAAUUCACUCAAAUGCUCAAUGGCUAAACCUAAUGGUUGCACUAACAAGAUUUGUGGUGUACAAUCAGAAAAUCCUUUUACAAAAGUGGCUGCAACAGGGGAAUUAGCAGAGGACAUGUUUGCUGUGGAAUUCAUAGAUGAGUUAAAAACAGGUUCAAUUGCUUCAAUACAUGAAUUCUUGUUUUCUUGUGCAUCAACUACUUUGUUGCAAGGUCUUGCUAGAGGUGCCAAAGGAAUGUUAGGACUUGGAAAUUCAAGAAUUGCAUUGCCAUCUCAGUUGUCUGAUACAUUUGGUUUCCAGAGGAAAUUUGCUCUCUGUUUGUCUUCUUCAAAUGGUGCUAUAAUAUCUGGUGAAAGUCCUUACUUGUCACUUUUGGGUCAUGAUGUUUCAAGAUCUAUGCUUUAUACACCUUUGAUUUCAUCUAAAGAUGGUGUUUCAGAAGAGUAUUAUAUCAACGUUAAAUCCAUCAAAAUUAAUGGCAAGAAACUGUCGUUAAACACAUCUUUGUUUGCAAUGGAUGAAGGUGUUGGAGGGACAAAGAUUAGUACAAUUCCCCCUUUUACCACCAUGAAAAGCUCAAUUUAUAAGUCAUUUAUUGAAGCUUAUGAGAAAUUUGCUAUUUCCAUGGAAUUGAAUAAAGUGGAAGCUAUAGCACCAUUUGAGCUUUGCUUUAGCACAAAGGGGAUAGAUGUCACAAAAGUGGGGCCAAAUGUGCCAACUACGGAUCUUGUGUUGCAAAGUGAAAUGGUUAAGUGGAGGAUUUAUGGGAGAAAUUCAAUGGUGAAAGUAAGUGAUGAAGUGAUGUGUUUGGGAUUCUUGAAUGGAGGGGUGAAUCAAAAGGCUUCAAUUGUUAUAGGGGGUUACCAGUUGGAGGAUAAUCUUUUGGAGUUUAACUUGGGAACUUCUAUGCUUGGAUUUACUUCUUCACUUUCAAUGGCAGAAACAAGCUGUUCUGACUUUAUGUUCCAUUCUGUAUCAAAAGAUUCAGCUUUUGAUUCUUGA